GCGAGGCAUAGCGAGAUAGGGACAUGAAACCGACAUUGAAAUGGGAUCAUGAGCACCGUUAGACACUCUGUGAUAAGACUAGCGCGGCACGCCCAAAGCGCUCUCAAUAGAGUUGAGGUUGGGUUGUGUCCGAUGAAUUCACUGCGGCGCUUGAAUGACACCAAUUCUCAUUCUCGACAAUGGAGCGUCAACCAUUAAAGCCGGAUUCGCUAACAACGAUGAACAGCCAAGGCUGGUUCCCAACGCUGUUGUCAAAUCCAAAGGCGGAGGAUCAAAGCUUUAUAUUGGGCAAGAUAUAGAGACCUGCGAUGACUUCUUUGGGAUAUAUUAUAGGAGGCCAUUCGAAAGAGCAAGUAGUGCAACUUCACGGCCAGGUAUCUUAACGGAUUGGGAUACGGAAAAGGCAGUAUGGGAUAAUUUAUUCUCUCCAGAAUGCUUAAAUGUCGAUACUCGUGCGACGUCCCUUCUUGUCACCGAACCUUAUUUCAACCUUCCCUCCGUACAAGAUACAUACGAUCAACUUGUCUUCGAGGAGUAUGAAUUCAAAUCCUACCUCCGCACCCCUGCCGCACCGCUGGCUCAGUAUGGGCCUUUGUUCGCUCAACGAGACAUGCCUCCUCCCGAAUGCUACAUAUUAGUGGACUCGGGUUUUUCAUUUACUCAUGUUAUCCCAGUUAUGAAAGGGAAAGUCCUAACCCCCAGUAUCAAAAGGCUUGUUUAUGUACAGCCCCUGCAGCUAACAAUUGUUCAUGUGCGGUUCUUCCACAGGAUCGACAUCGGUGGAAAGCUUUUAACGAAUUAUCUCAAAGAGAUAGUUUCCUUUCGCCACUGGGAUAUGAUGGAGCAUUUUUAUGUCAUGAAUGAAGUUAAGGAGAAGUGCUGCUUCGUUUCGAGCAGCUUCAGUUCGGAUUUAGAAUCGUGCCGGUUGCAUCCACGCCGGAACCCGAUUGUGCAAGAAUACGUUCUUCCGGAUUUUGGUGCCAGAAUGAAGGGCUAUAUCCGCAGUGGGCCAAAUGCUGCUCCUCGAACUUCCUUAAAGGAUUCCUCCGCUGAUCCGUCCCCUAUGGACCUCGAUGGGGCUAUCUCACAAUCAUUGAAGCAGGAUGGAACCGAGCCUGUACUGUACAUGGCAAAUGAGCGCUUCACUGUACCGGAAGUUCUCUUCCACCCAAGUGAUAUAGGUCUUCACCAGUCUGGAUUGCCAGAAACAAUAGCAAAAUGUAUCUACUCUCUCAAUGUGCCAGAUGAUAUUCGGGGGUUAUUUUGGGCCAAUAUCGGCCUUGUAGGUGGGAAUUUUUGCAUGGAAGGGAUAGUGCCAAGAUUGAAAACGGAAUUACGUGCCUUGGCGCCACCAGAGGCCCACGUCGGGAUUUAUGAAGCGAAAGACCCUGUUACUGCGACAUUUGAAUCACUCCAUUCAUUCUCUCCAUCAACGAGCUACUCUGCUAAAUGUGUGACGAAGGAGGAGUACUUGGAAGGGGGCACAAAUAUGUGUCGAAGGAAGUUCACCCAAAAUUGGGAGCUUGGCUUUGACUUGGGCAACGAUGCGAAAAACAGGCAUUCCGAUGCGUCGCAUCCAAAUCAAGCUUCACAUGAGGCCCACAACACCUCUACGCCAAUGACGGACGUUGAGGAUGUCGAGGUGCUAACUUUGGAUGAUGGAGUGGACAAUGAUACCGAAGUCGACCCGACGUCAACUGAUAAGGGGCUGAUGGGUAAGAGACGAAGGCGCAGCGCAACGAUGAGUGAGGCAAAUACUAAGGAGGGUCUCAUGGUCUCGCGGAGAGGGAAGAGCGGCGUGAAAGGCAGCGGUAGCGGAGGAAAAGCCAGGGUAGGCUCCCAGGCACGGGGGCGAGGUGUAAAUUCAAAUAGCUUAUCAAAGGAAGCUGCAAAAACUGUGCAGUAG